GGCCGGGUUGGUGUGUCUUCCUUCCGGCUUGCCGAAGAAAGUUGAGGGAGGUUCAGCGGCAACUGGGCUUUUACAUAAUGGACAGCCAGGGAAGGAAAGUGGUGGUCUGUGAUAAUGGGACCGGGUUUGUCAAGUGCGGCUAUGCAGGCUCCAAUUUCCCAGAGCACAUCUUCCCUGCGCUUGUUGGGAGGCCCAUCAUUCGCUCGACAGCCAAAGUCGGAAACAUUGUGAUCAAGAAUGCCCAGAAGAUGGACCUGAUGGUGGGGGACGAGGCCAGCGAGCUGCGCUCCAUGCUGGAAGUCAACUACCCCAUGGAGAACGGCAUCGUCAGGAACUGGGAUGACAUGAAGCACCUGUGGGACUACACCUUCGGCCCAGAGAAGCUCAACAUCGACUCUCGCAACUGCAAGAUCUUGCUGACCGAGCCGCCCAUGAACCCCACCAAGAACCGCGAAAAAAUCAUUGAGGUGAUGUUUGAGACCUACCAGUUUACAGGAGUCUACAUUGCUAUUCAAGCCGUGCUGACACUGUAUGCCCAAGGCCUUUUGACUGGUGUGGUGGUGGACUCGGGAGAUGGUGUGACACACAUCUGUCCAGUGUAUGAGGGCUUCAGCCUGCCGCAUCUGACAAGACGUCUGGACAUCGCAGGCAGGGACAUCACCCGCUACCUCAUCAAGUUGUUGUUGUUGAGGGGUUAUGCCUUCAACCACUCUGCAGACUUUGAGACGGUGCGCAUGAUGAAGGAGAAGCUGUGCUACGUGGGCUACAACAUCGAGCAGGAGCAGAAGCUGGCGCUGGAGACCACCGUGCUGGUGGAGUCAUACACGCUGCCAGAUGGUCGUGUGAUCAAGGUGGGAGGAGAGCGGUUUGAGGCCCCUGAGGCUCUGUUCCAGCCCCACCUCAUCAAUGUGGAGGGUGUCGGAGUGGCUGAGCUCCUCUUCAACACCAUCCAGGCAGCCGAUAUAGACACCAGGCCUGAGUUCUACAAACACAUCGUGCUAUCAGGAGGAUCCACCAUGUACCCGGGCCUGCCGUCCCGGCUGGAGAGGGAACUCAAGCAGCUAUACCUGGAGCGUGUGCUCAAGGGAGAUGUGGCCAAGCUUUCGAAAUUUAAGAUCAGGAUCGAGGAUCCUCCCAGGCGAAAGCACAUGGUGUUCCUGGGCGGAGCUGUGCUGGCCGACAUCAUGAAGGACAAGGACAACUUCUGGCUGACCCGGGAGGAGUACCAGGAGAAGGGAGUCCGCGUGCUGGAAAAACUCGGAGUCACCGUCAGAUAAAGCACUGGACGGACAGACCGCACACACACACACACACACAUACACACAUAUAUAUACAAACACACACAUACAUGACAUGCACACAUCUCCCCCUCGCCCACAUCGCAGAGUAUAUAUCUAUUUAUCCCUCUUCCUCUCUCUUUUGGCUCUGAUACUCCUCAAACAUCAGAGGGAAUCAAGCCGUCACCUCCUCCUCUUUCCCCUCUCUGCCUCUCCUCUCUCCUGGUUUGGGAUUGGCUCACACUUUUCCUCGCAAGCCCACGAGAACAAAUUCCAUUUUUGCAGAUUUACACUGAAACCCCUCCUUUACUCAAACUACAAAUUGAAAGGGUUAAUGUUGCUCUGCUGGUGUACAUCUGGUGGAGAAGGUUAAAACCAAGUCAGGAAAUAUUAACUGUGCUUGUUUACCUCCACAUAGGUGUGUUGUGAGAUAUAUUCGGCAGGUAAACCCACCAGCUACUGCAGCGAGUGUUCAGAUAGUUUAGUUUCCUUCCUUUGAUUCAACCUCCGGAGGGGAUAAAUUGAUGCAAAGUUUCUCUAAAGCGUCUGUAAUAUCACAAUCAGGGUCCACCACAAACAGCCACGGGCCGCUUUCAGCAUCUGUUCCAGGUGAGCGAGAACUGAUCACAUUUUUAUGUCAGUUUUUAUAAACGAUAUCAUGACUUUUUCUUUUCUGGGAGAGGGAUUACUUUUUGUUCUGCUUUUACUUUUUUUUUUUUUUUUUUUGUUGGAGUUCAAUUUAUAUCUUAACUUUUUUGUUUUUCAUUGACUUUUUUUGUUGCUGUGCACUACUACCAUUGUAAAUGGAGUGUAUUGUGGUAACAGAAGUUCCUCCAUGUUUUUAUGAAGAAUUGAUGGUUGAUUUAUAAAGGGACAAAUACACAAAGGAAAGCCCCUGAGCUUGUCACCAGGUGUGUGAUGGUACUUUGGGGUUUGUGGGUGGUGAGACAAUGGGAGGGGUGGGGGUGUGAUACUAUUUGUUCGUCAUCAGACAGCCUCGCCUCUGCCUCCUCUCUCUCUGUGUAAAUCUCAAGCUGAAUGAAUGGGUGUGAGCAGUUGUAGCAAUAUUACAGACUGUGUCGACGCCAUAGCACCUCACCCGUCGUAUUCACUCAGAUCCACCACAGCACGGAGGCAGUCGCAGGCUGAGGAUGAGAUCGAUUUGAAUCUGGGUGCAGCGCAUCGUUAAACUGGGAAUAUAAAACGGUAUUUUAUCGACGUCGAAAUACUGUUGAGACCAUAUUUAAGUUCUCCAGUCUUUCACUCCCAACAGUCGAUUUAAUGAUUACUGGAGGCACUUCUAUUUUGAGUAUGAAAAAAUGUGUAUAUUUUUUUUCUCUCCUCUUUCCAUGAACGUCUAUCCAGUGCCAAGUGCAGUUAAUGUUAACUGGAUCUCAUGUUUUAAUGUCUUUCUUUUUGUCACUGUUUUUGUUUUUAUUUUCCUGUGUUGUUCAUAGCAUAACUGCCUAACGCUGAUUUAAAUAAAGAAAAGUGAUUUAUAAGGA